UAUUAUUAUAUAUCACUUCAAUCAUAUAUUUAUAUCAAUAUAAUUUGGUGGUUUAGUGAUGUCUCCCGAGGAGUUUGCGUUGUUUGUAGUAGGAAUAUAUUUCCUAGGCCAAACCCUGGACGCAAUCAAUGCUGUGCAGCGGAGGCGAAGGAGACGCCGCAGCUCUACUCAUCGGGCAUUUGUUGCCGGCCUGCUUUACAGAAAAAUGGCUGUUCAGUCAAUUUUGACGGCAUAUGCUGGGACUAUUGUAGAAGAAAUCAACAACCGGCCAGAAAGAUUACCAGCUCUACAAAGAUCAGAUAAUUUUUGGAGUGUUGAUGUGUUGCAGCGUUUCGACGACCAACAGUGGAGACAGAAUUUUUGAAUGAGUAGAACUUUGUCAGAUUUACAGAUGUGUUUGUUGGAUGGCCUGGUCGAGCACACGAUGCAAGGAUUUUAAGGAAUUCAGCCCUGUAUACUAAAGGCAUGAAUGGAGAACUGUUUCCAAGACAAACACAGUUGAUCAAUGGAGUUCAAGUACCAAUAAUGAUAUUGGGUGAUCCGGCCUACCCGUUAAAUAAUUGGCUCAUGAAAGGUUUUCCUGACAGAGACAACAUGCCAAAUGCACAUCGCAGAUUUAAUUAUAGACUCUCUAAAGCACGAAUGGUCGUCGAAAGAAGCUUCGGCAUGCUAAAAGGCCGUUGGAGAAUUCUUAUGAAGAGAAAUGACAGUGAAUUGAAACACAUUCCGAAUAUGGUUCUAGCAUGCUGCAUUUUGCACAACAUGUGUAUUGAGAAUGGCGAUGUAUAUAAUCCCUCAUGGGACGAUGAAAAUGAAGAUGAGGUUGAGCAGCCUCAACAUCAAGCAGAAGAUAGGCCUAUAAAUAAUGCAACAGGCAAUGAAAUAAGAGAAGCUUUGGUCGACUAUUUUGGUAACCUUUAAAAACUACAGUAUUAGCCAAUAA